AUGACCCUCCGCCGGCUCAGGAAGCUGCAGCAGAAGGAGGAGGCGGCGGCCGGGCCGGACCCCGCCGCCGCGCGCCCCCCGGACGCGGCGCCCCCCGCCGCGGCCGCCUGCCCCGCCGCCGGCCCGCCGGGGGACGAGCUGUACGCGGCGCUGGAGGACUGCCACCCGGCCGAGCUGUACCGCGCGCUGGCCGUGUCGGGGGGCACGCUGCCCCGCCGGAAGGGCUCGGGGUUCCGCUGGAAGAAUCUCAGUCAGAGCCCCGAACAGCAGAGGAAGGUGCUGACUCUGGAGAAGCGGGAGAACCAGACCUUCGGCUUUGAGAUCCAGACAUAUGGCCUUCAUCACCGGGAGGAGCAGCGCGUGGAGAUGGUGACGUUCGUGUGCCGAGUUCACGAGGCCAGCCCUGCCCAGCUGGCCGGGCUCACCCCAGGGGACACUAUCGCCAGCGUCAACGGCCUGAACGUGGAAGGCCUCCGGCACCGAGAGAUCGUGGACAUCAUCAAGGCGUCUGGCAACGUACUCAGGCUGGAAACCCUGUACGGCACGUCCAUUCGGAAGGCAGAGCUGGAGGCCCGGCUGCAGUACCUGAAGCAAACGCUGUACGAGAAGUGGGGGGAGUACCGGUCGCUGAUGGUGCAGGAGCAACGGCUGGUGCAUGGCCUGGUGGUGAAGGACCCGAGCAUCUACGACACGCUGGAGUCCGUGCGCUCCUGCCUCUACGGCGCGGGGCUGCUGCCCGGCUCGCUGCCCUUCGGGCCCCUGCUGGCCGCGCCCGGGGGUCCCCGCGCGGGCGCGCGCCGCCCCGGGGCCGAGCCCGACGACCCCGUCUACCACACGUGCUUCUUCCGGGGCGCCGAGCCCCCCGCGCUGCCGCCGCUGCCGCCCCCCGCGCGCGCGCCGGGCCCCGCCGCGCCCGCCGCGGCCCGCGCGCCCCUGAGCCGCAGCGCCAGCGUGCGGUGCCCGGGCCCGGCCGGUGCCCCCGGCGCGCUCUGGACUGAUGCCCGCGAGCAGGCGCUGUGCGGGGCCGGCCUGCGCAGGACCAAGUACCGCAGCUUCCGCCGGCGGCUGCUCAAGUUCAUCCCCGGACUCAACCGCUCCCUGGAGGAGGAGGAGAGCCAGCUGUAGGGCCGGGGCGGGCGCGGGGACGUAUUUAUUUAUUUAUUGGGCCCAGCCGGGGCGGAAGGGGGCCGGGCCGCGGGGACCCCAGGAGCCCCUCGCCGCGGGAGGGGGUCCUGGCCAGCCGCGCGCCCGGGCCUCGGGC